CGCACUCAGCGGAGUGCCGGCGACAUGAGCAACGGCCUGCCGUUGUACAUCCCACGCGAAGAUGGAGAAGAUGGAAACACGUCGAUAUGGGAGAUGCCUCCCGCGCCAAUUACGUAUGCUAACCUACCACCUGUGGAGGCGUCCCGACUGAACUUGGCGUCCUUGAACAACCUGUUGAGCAACGUGCCGUUGUCUCUUCUACCUGACCACAAUCCCCCCGCUGUGCUGUGGGACACCAUGUCACCUCUUCUUCGCGCUGUAGUGACGGAUGUCCACGUUUUGUCGCCCAAUGUUCAGCGACCGCAACCCCCAUCCAAGAAGCACAAGACGUCCGCACCGGUCUACGAUCUCACUACCCCUGAACACAACCAUCAGCGUUCGUCCAACGAUGCCACCAAAGGUCAUCGUUUGCCGCGUGCAAAGGUCAUCGAGAUUGCCGAUGAAGACGAUGACGGCCCCAGUACUCCCCUUGCAGGCGACACGCAGGAGUCGAAAAAGAAGGCAAUUGUUCAAAAGUACGAGGAUGAAUUGCAUGGACUUUUGGGUUGUUUGUCCACGGCACCGGAGGUCUCCCGAGUGAUGAAGAAAAUCAUGCAAACAAUGCAACUGCUACACAAAUCGCACAAGGAGUUGAUCCAACACUUAUCGUUCGACUUGCUUGGUGACCUCAUGUCCCUCUUGGACACAAGAGUCACUGAUGCGUUGACGAUUGAUUUAUUUGCCGUGGCGUAUGCCAACAACGGAGACGCGGACUGGGAAGUGUCGGGUAUCGACUACAACAAGCUCAAUGACAUUGUGUGCGCGAUGGAUGCGGCCAGUUGCAUGCUGUACAUCAUGACAUCGCCGAAUAUAGACAGGCGCUUGCUGUCGGAGGAGUACAUUGAACACUGCAUCAGCUUGCUGAAGCAUGUCCUACAACGUCUGCUGUGUCCGUCACUCGACAAUCUGUCAUUGUCGAAGCUGUUGCAAGAAUCCAAGAGCAGCGUCCACCCCAAGUAUCACGGGGCGCUCAAGAAGAAGAUCGACAAAGUUGGACUCGUGCAUAUUUUAAGUACCUACCUCGAGACUAUUGAAGAACUCGUGACGGGAAUCAAGCUCCAGGACAGCUGGAUACUCACCCUUUCGAACGCCUUAAUCGACACGUUUUCGCUGGAAGGCUCUCAAGCAACGCAGGCCAACAUUUGCCUGUUGCAAGUGCGUGCCAGUGGGCUGUUUCGCGGGAUUUUCCUGCACUAUCCCACCCAUCGCGCGCUCUUGAUCGACGACAUCUUUUCUGUCCUUUUGAAAUUGCCCUCGAAUAAACGGAAUUUACGAACGUUCAAGCUAUCUCAUGGCGACAUUCAAGUUCAGAUGAUCUCGAUGCUGCUUGUGACUCUGGUGCAGUCGUGCGUUCGUGUCUCGUUGGAGAAUGUGCGUGAGGCUGCAAGGGUCAUUGUCCACUCGUUCGUGCAAAAGUGCAUGAAAAAGGAAGAAUCCAACGACUGUCGACAAACGUUUGAGAACUUUGUUGAUGAUCUGCUCGUAAUGCUGACGUCACCUGAGUGGCCUGCAGUCCAAUUGAUUUUGGAAUCGUUGAGCGGCGGUCUCACUAGCUUGAUGGCUCAACAAAAGGCUAACAAGUUGGAGUCGCAAACGUCACUUUUGGCGCUACAUUUGUUGGGCAAAAUCUGCGCGACUAUUCGUCAAAUUACGUGUGAAGCGAAUGCACAACCCAUUCAAGAGAUGAAGCACCCACCGGCUUUGGUUGAAUGUCGUGAACAGGCGAUUCAACUUCUCGCGUCCAAACAGGUUCAGAUUACCAAGGCCAACCUAGUGGAGUGCAUGGUGUUAAUGCAUCUGGGUGAACAAAGCACUCACAUGUGCGUUGACGCUGAAGUUUUCCAUCGCGCACAGUGUUCAUUCAGCGACGAGUUCAUUUCGCUCAAGGCAAACGUCACUCUCACGGGCACAAUGGGCCGUUUAUUAGUCACUGAACUCGUUUCCCAUCGCGAGUUGUGCCAGCACUUCGACCAGAUGUUGAUGGCGAUCAUGGCUUUUUUAACUCGAGGGCAACCCACGUUUCGAGCCCGCGUGUUGAAAGCCCUCAUGAUGAUUGUGGACUCAGAUCCGCUGCUCAUGGGUGACGACCACUUGCACCAAGCGAUCACGCUGAGUCUGUCGGACGAAGCGACAUCCGUCCGUCAAUCUGCCGUCGAGUUGGUUGGAAAAUACAUUGGCCUACAGCCCAUGCUGUUUCCAAAGUACUUCGCCAUGCUGGCCGAUCGUUUGCGCGAUAAAGGUAUCAGUGUACGAAAAAGCGUGCUGCGAAUAUUCAAGGUGUACCUGCAAUACACAACGAUCGAGCCGACCGUUGCAGAGUCGGUGUCCAAGGCUCUCCGAGCUCUGGUUGAGCGAAUCGGCAUCGCCAGCGAAGAAGAAAGCGUCAAGGACACCGUAUUGUCAACACUGCAGGACGUUUGGUUCGGUGCUCGUCCGACACCUCCAUCGAAUCGUCGCGGCCAAUCGAACCAAGAAACCACAGUUACCCCAUCGUGUCUUCGGAAAAAAUCGACCAACAACUACAAAGUGCUGUCGAUGAUCGACGUCGUUCACCAUGUCCACAAUCCGGAAUGGAUGGUCGCUUUAAUUUGUCGUUUGAUCAAGAAAAACGCCGACGAAAUGGAAACCGCGUGCUCUACGAUGGUGUCGGAACUCAUGGAGUUCUUGCUGCAGCUGGAGGAGGGCCAUGCCCUUCCGUUGCUUUCGUUUGAUGAUAAAGAAGCGCAACGUUUGGCGACUCUCAAGACUCUUCAUGUUAUUUGCGAGGCAUCGCCCAAGAUGGUACUUCCUUAUCUCGAUACACUCACGGUGUAUUUAAAACAAGACGAUCGACUGAGCAAACCCACUCAAAUGCACGUGCUUGCGAUGGCCGCAGCCAUGAUUGGAUUAGUCAUUCCGUGCGUGGAAAAACCAGUUGAAAAAUGGAUGGUGGCACUCGAAAACGACCUCAAGUCGUUGGUCCUGGGCGCCCCGCCACAAGUCGUCAAGCCUGCCGUCGAAUGCCUUGCGACGCUUACUACUUGUGCAAAUCGACAGCCGAAACUAUUGCUGAAAAUUCUCGAAAUGCUCUACACGUUUCUUCUCAGGUCGGAAGCGCUGAUCAAGUUGGACAAACCAAUCUCAGACAAACCGAAUCUAUUGCGCUCGUUGUUUGUGGCGGGCCUCGUCGCGGGCAGCUUGGAGUGGGGCGCCCUACCACACUUUUCCAGUGCUAUCUUCACAAAGGAGAAGCUGGUGGACAUGGUGUACGAAGUUUACGAACGGUUCUGCAAGGUGUCCAACACACACGUACACUUUGAUGGUGCUCUGCGCGUAAAGACCGUCCAGGGACUGGGGUAUCUCUUACAUAAGAACCCCCGCAUCCUGUUUAAAUCCCAACAAGACAACACGUUGAGGAUGACGAUUCUACACCAAGAUCCAAAAGUGCGCGCGCAAAUUUUGGCUAGUUUGACCGAGUUGCUUCAAGCGGAAGAGGCUCGGCUAGAGAAAUUACACUCGCAAGGGUCAAAACAAGGAAAGGAUUAUGUCCAAGGCGACCAAGAAGGCGAUGCCUCUUUAAUUGGCGGGGUCAUGAUUGCACAGCUGGAUGAUAUUUUAAAGGUCGCCGUGCAAAAGGAAGCCUCGAUUCGAAGCCAAGCCAUAGCGUGCAUUGGUCUUCUGCUUACCCAAGGUCUCAUUCCACCCAUGCGGUGCAUCCCGACUCUCAUCGCGCUCGAAACCGAUCAAGUAGCAUUUAUUCGAGACGCGGCGCACAUGCACUUGGUUUCUAUUCACGGCAAAUUCCCAAACAUGGUCAGCGGCCCGGCAAUCCAAGGCAUUUACUCCUCGUAUCAAUUUCAAACCCGUGCAUUUGGAAAGUCCGUUGUAUGCGACUCCGAAAACGUGUGCCUUCUGGGGAGAAUGUACCGUGCGUGCUUUCAAGGAAAUCGGUCCCAGCGUCACGCGUUCUACAAUGGUUUGUUGGGCGCGUUUCGCGAAAAGGGACCGAUGUUUACUGCCCUCGCGGAAAAGCGCUUGCCGGUGGUGGCAGCGUUAGGAUACUUGAUUUAUGUUGCCCAGCUACUGUCUGUGCUCCCGUACGACGUUGAAGAUGAGCCGUUGUACCUUGUUUACACAAUCAAUCGAGACGUGUCUUUGGGCUUGGGAACGGUGCAAGACAAGAUGAAAAAGUUCCUUGGCAAAGAUGCUUCGUUCGACAACUUGCCUGUUACUGACCCGGUGAAACCAGAAUUGGUGGCAGUGGGCCACUCGGCGUUUGGAUUGGCGCUGCUGGUGCGUCUCAAGAUGGCCCUCAAGGCCGCAUAUUUGCUGGACAAUGAAAAGUGCCAGACGUUUCAAACCACCAACACAACCAAGGCCAAUGAAGCACCCGUGUCGCGGGCGUCGCUUGACACAGCAAUUCUGAAUGUUCCAGACAUGGUUGCCGAUGACGUGAUGAACAAUUCAUGGCUCCAGCUCAAGUUGCUUGGCAACGCAGCCUCGGACGACCAGGCGCAGCUUGAUUUCGACUGGGAAAACCCCCAAUUGACCAAGAAAAAAGGAGUCAAACUCCACGGCAAGCGUGGCCGAAAGAGAAAGGAAAAAAAAGCCGACAGUGGCGACGACGAUGACGUCCAAGUGGACGACAUAUUUUAAGAUGACUUGAGGUCGAUCGUACAAGCCAACACUUCAAAUUACACACACAGUGCCCGGUUUACACUUGGUUGCAUGACCUCCCUCACGAUUUAUCUCAUAAGCCACAGCAUCGCCAUGCUGUGCGCCACGGCCUGACUUCCCCAUCUCUAAUUGUCGCAUCUCCACCUACGGCGCGCAGCUCCCCAAGUCUGCCUGAUCAACGUCGGCAGAUGCUCAAGUGGCGACAGCGG